UUUUGUGUCAUAAAUUGAUGUCUGGGUACUGAGGAAAUAACAUCUUGCAUGUUUGCAUCACUUGAAAUAGUACCAGUUGUACUAUGUUUACGAUCAUUAACUUUUUCUGAACUAGCAACUUCAUUCCUGUUGCUUCUCGUUUCUGAUUGUUCUUCGCUGAACCAGGAGUUAUCAUUAACGUCUGUCGUAAUUGUGUUCGAAGGAUUCAACAAAUUUAAAAUGCUGCUGCUUUUUUGCACAGUUUCUGAUGAAGGAGAAGUAUUUGAAGACUUAUUCAGCGAACUGGGCAACUCUGUUAUUUGUGAUUGCCUUUCGGUAGCUAUGUUGAUAGUAUUAUUUUCUACAAUAGUUAAGAAACCACCAUGAAGAGAUAAGACCGUUUCGUCAUUUUGUGAAUUGAUCAGUAUAUUAUGUUGAUUUUGUGCAUUAUGUUUGAGAGAUUCAUUGCCUCGUGAAGCUUGUACAUUAGACUUCGCUUGUGAUUGUUUUUCUUUUGAACUCUGUAUAUCGUCACUUGUAUUAAAUGGUCUAGUUUCGACAUCAUCAGUGUUACUCCCUAUAUUUUGUUUUUCAAAAUGCUUUUCAUAAUAAUUCUUUACUUGAACCUCAGUUUUCGAUUUUAUUACGUCGGAUAUUUUUCUGAAAUCUUUGCCGAAUUCAUUUAACGAUUGUUCGAAUAGACUAACUUCUCUUUUGUUCCAAUAAGAUGAUAUUUUCUUUUGUGAUGUAAUACGAUCUUCACUUGUAAUUGAG